CCUGAGCGGGAUUCUCCAUCCCAACGCCACUGCAUCCGACGGGCUCCCCCGACCGGCCUUCAAUGGAGGGUUCCCCCGCCCCGCCCAAGGGGCCCGGGCCCCAAAUUUUUUUUCCCCGCCCGGGGGGCCCCCGGGAAAGGGAAUCCCCGGGGACUUUCCCGGGGGGCCCGGGGCCGCAAAAAUUUUCCCCUUUUGG